AUGAAGCAUUCAAGAAGAUUCGUAGAGGCCCUGAAGAUUGUGAGCUUGUUGGCUCUACAACCAGGGGUAUCAGCUUGGGUCAACCCUCAAAUACCCCAAUGCCAAUCACCACAAUCCACAACAUCCAUAAACAAUGAGAAUGUUCCAGAUUGGCUGCAGUUGGGACGUCAGUGGGUAGCUGCCGUAUCCCUAGCGGGGGUCCUUAUGCUGUCACCCAAUCACGACAACAAUGCCGUACAUUCAUUCUGGACACCCGCUCCUUGUUAUGCCGCCGAGGAGGUUGCGCAAUCAGACGAACAACAAGAACCUGGAACUGUCUUGAAUGAAGUCUGGACACUGAUCGACAAAUACUUUAUAGACAGGACUUUUGGAGGACAGGACUGGAGCAAGAUAUACGACAAGUACUCCCCCAAGGUAGCCAAGGUCAUGGAUGAUGAUGCCAAGACUAUGAAGUAUGUGACCGAAAUGGUCUCAUUGCUGGGAGACAAGUACUCGCGCAUCUUGGAUGUCAACCAAUACGCUGCCAUUCAAAAGUUUGACCUCAUUGGGGUCGGCGUCACACUCAUGCCCAAUCAAAAUAAGCAAAUCAUUGUCGGAUCUCCUCCCAUUCCCAAAUCGGCUUCGGAUCUGGCAGGCCUAAAGGUCGGAGAUCGUGUCGUCGCCAUCAAUGGGGUACCCACCGAAGGACGUACCGCCUUUGACAUUAUUGAUCAAAUAGGAGAAAACCCCAAUGCAGAGACAAUCACCAUGAGCGUUCUACGAGAUGGCAAACAGGAAGAUAAAACCAUGGCUCGACAAUUCUUGGAAGUCAAAGACCCAAUUCGCUUCAAAAUCAGUGAAACCAGAAGUGACGGAACCAAAGUAGGAUUUGUGCGCAUUCUUGAAUUCAAUGCAUUGGUCAAAACCAAACUAGAAGAUGCAUUGGCAAAACUGGAAGCAGAAGGGGCCAAUGCCUAUGUCAUUGACCUCAGAAUGAACACUGGCGGGGCAUUCCAAAGUGCUGUAGAGAUUGCCUCUCUAUUCAUGCAGGACAAAGUCGCAACCUAUGUGGUCGACAGCUCGGGGGCCGAAAUCCCCUUUCAAACGACAAAGACACGCCUUGCCAUUGAUGCGCAGGAUCCCGUGGCGGUAUGGGUCGACGGGACGUCUGCGUCCGCCUCGGAAGUCUUUGCGGGAGCACUUCAUGACAACUGUCGUGCAGCUAUCAUGGGCGACAAAUCCUUUGGCAAGGGCUUAAUUCAAGCCGUGUAUGGAUUGAAAAAUGGGGCGGGUCUCGUCUUGACAGUGGCACGGUACGUAACGCCAGGAGGAAACGAAAUCCAAGGGAUUGGUAUCACACCAGAUAUCAAGGGUGGAGUACCGCUGCCCAUUCCAGGGAUUAGUGCCGACACAUCCAAAGUUGAUUUCAAAGAAGUUGCCAAGAGAUUAAGUCCGGAAAUGUGCACCGUGCCCGACUUCAAGGGGCCUGCUGCUGCUGCUGCUGCUGCUGCGGCUGCCCAGGCGAGCUAG